UCCGAAAUUGAAAUUGCGUCAAAACUGUAUGCAGAUGUUUCCAAGUUUGAAAAAGACAAUGUAAAGUUGACAGAAAAAUAUCGCCUAAUGCUGAAUGAAUUAAUUGAAACAAAUAAAAAGUUUGCAGAAGUUGAAAAAGAAUUGUCUGAGAACAUGACUGCACUAGCUGGUGUGACCAAAGAUAAAGAAGCAUUGCUUGAUUGUUUAGGGGUUCAAACAGCGGAACCAGUGUCUUAUGAGCAUACCGGUAAAAACGUUGAAGCUAUGUCAAGAACUCAGAAGUACCGAAUUACCAGAACACUUAAAAGUAAAAUGGAAAAAGCACUGUGGUUUGCGGCUUCGUACGGUUUGCGCCCAACGGGUGUCAAACUAUUAAAUUCUGAUGGUGAUCCAGUAAGCGUCCCACUUGGCAAUUCUGUACCUUCUGAUGAUAUAGAAAGAAUGAACGAAAUUUUAUUUAUUCUUGACAAGUUUAAAAUAAGUGACAACGCUUAUCAUGAAAUAGUUAUGAAAACAGGAGAUCUACCAAAGCUUCACUCUAUUGUCAGCAUUAGGGAAAAAAACAAAUAACACGUUUGCAAUCCAUCGCACUCCUGGUAACACUCCUGGUGCUUAUGUUAGUCUGAAGUCCGAACUGAUCAAUAUUAUCAAGACCAGGGCGUUUGAUCAACAAGACAAAAUACAAAUAAAAAUUUCGGGAGAUGGUACAAAAGU